UUAAAAAGUAAAUUGUCAAAGUAGCUGUCAAACAAAUGAUACGUGAAUUUCGCUUUUUGUUACUCAAAGAAAAUUAAUUAAAAUCGUUCAAAAUGCCUGCUGGAACGUCUACAAUGGAUCCUUUGAGAGAAAAAGCAUUUCAGGAUUACCGAAAGAAGUUGAUGGAACACAAAGAAGUUGAAUCGCGGCUCAAAGACAUGCGUGAGCAGCUGAAGGACCUCACAAAACAGUACGACAAGAGUGAAAACGACCUCAAAGCUCUCCAGAGUGUGGGUCAGAUCGUCGGUGAGGUGCUCAAGCAGUUGACUGAAGAGAAAUUUAUCGUCAAAGCAACCAACGGCCCUCGCUAUGUAGUCGGGUGUCGUCGUCAACUGGACAAGAAUAAGCUCAAGGGAGGCACCAGGGUGGCUCUCGACAUGACUACCCUGACGAUCAUGCGGCAUUUACCGAGAGAGGUUGACCCUCUAGUGUACAACAUGAGCCACGAAGACCCUGGUGAUGUCACAUACUCGGCCAUCGGAGGUCUGCAGGAACAGAUCCGACAACUUAGAGAGGUCAUCGAGCUCCCGCUCCUCAAUCCUGAGCUAUUCGUCCGCGUCGGCAUCACGCCGCCCAAAGGCUGCCUCUUGUACGGGCCGCCCGGCACCGGCAAGACGCUACUAGCCAGGGCCGUCGCUUCACAGCUGGACGCCAACUUCCUCAAGGUGACCCAGUUUUACAGGGCAAUCGAAAGCCGUAUUUAGCCAUUGUUCUCGAGGUAACGUGGAUG